UUUGAGACUUGAGGCAUUGCUCAACUUGCUCUUGUCAUGCCACUCGAGACACAACACAGCGUUCGACGUCGAUAGCUUCCGCAUGCUCAUGCAACCACACCCGUGGAAAGCGCCAAUCGCGGUUGUGCUGCCAACAACUCUACCGUGACUAGUUUGUACGAUAUUCCGCCCAGAAGGCUUCUUCGAUGCAGCUGCUGUGAGUGGUUGGUCCUUCGGGAGCCCAACUCUGGCGGUCAGAGCGAAGUGUCGGAAGCGUUAUCGAUGGAGUACAUGAACUGGCAGUUUGGUGCCAUCGAUGUCGUGACGGAAAUGCAGAUCAUCAUACGCGGGACUCGCGUGGCGGUCAGUGUCACACAUGCGAUGACGUUCAAACAUGGAGCUACGUUUGGCCUGGCUGAAGCCAAGGAGUUGUUGAGGAAGAAGCUCCACGGUCUUGUGAUGGUCAAGUGCGGGGGGUGCCCUCGGCAAUCCUAUCACAGGUCUGUGCCGCACAUGUGGUGUCAGACCAGUGAAAUAGCCACUGUCAUUGCGUCCUGCUACGAAAGUGUCUCGAUCGAGUUGGGCAUCACGGCCAACGUCGUGCUGACGCCAUCGUCGCCGCCUCCGAGGCCUGCAUCUUCACCAACGACUCUCUGGCAGUCAUGUCAUGUUAACAAACUACUGUAUCAAACGACCACUUUAAACAUUUGCAAUCAUUUGUUGGCUCUGGAGUGA